AUGGCGGAGGCCGAACCCAAUGGCAUUCGAUUGCUUUGCCGGCCCUCGACGGCGGACUUCCCUCUCAGACGCUUUCAUCGAAUCCAACACCAAUAUGCAAGCACCUUACUUAUUCAGCUAUAUUGGAUCAGCUUGUUUGGUACCAUUCAGGAUGAGAGUACCCACAUGCGUGGACUAUUGGAUGCUCUCGAUUCACUCAAUGAAGAAACCCGUCAAUUGAACAUCGAGAAAAACCUGGCCCCGGACCUUGGAAUUGUGGACAUCGAUAUUUUCCUACACGCAUGGAAAAACCGGAACUUAUGGUCCCAUUUACCAGACUUCUGUCGACUACGCUGCUAUCCUCUAGAAGGGUCACGUCGACCACCGGUCCUCGGCUCUGAUUACCAACCCUACCAUACCCAUUAUUGGGAGCUCAUCGACAGAAAAGCUCCCGAGGCUCUUCUGCAAAUUAUCUGGGAGCUACGGAAAACGGAUACAGACACAGACACAAUUGAGGAUACUGAGAUACUUUUCGAAAGCGCUGCAUGUGUUUUCAACAGACGGCUUGGUCGCCUACACAAAAUGCAUGGAAAUGGCGCAUCUGACAUUGGGUACCUCCGACCUGAUGAGACCAUCAUAGCCUACCAAAAGUUGGAAGACUGUCUAGCUGUACAGGACAAGGAGGGAUAUCGAAAAUGUCGCAAUAAUCUUCGCUACAACCAGGCUUUGUUUGGGUAUCCGGCAGGGUGGCUUCCGGGUCCGUAUGAGGAGGAAGCAUGCCAGAAGACUUCGGAAAUUUCGGAUGUAGUCUAG